UCCAAUAUUUAUACAGAAUGUACCGACUAAUAGAAUUUGUUAAAUGGUCUAUAAAUGAGUAAUUCUACACCAAUGGACAAUAUCGACACGAAUGUGACAGUUAGUACUAAAUAAUUUUUUCAUGAAAAAUGCCCAAUAAAUGUGAAUAAGCAAAUAGAGAUAUGAAGGUAAAUAGAUUUAAAUUCGUGUUAUCAAAAAAUUGCGAUAAAACGGCUACUUGGAUUUAUCAGAUGUUACUUGGCGGAAUUUUACGAUACGAUAACAGCAGUAUUUGCAGUGACAACAUUCAAACAACAGUGUACUAGUGUACAACAGUGUGACUAAUGAAAUAUUGAACUGUUGAAUUAAACUAUUUUUGAGUAAAAAUUAGAAGGAACAGUGUUUUAAAAGUGAUUGUUUUCGAGACAUAGAGUUUUUAAAGUAACGUAAUAAUGGAAUUCAAUUUUGAGAACAAAGUUAUAAUAAUAACAGGAGGAAGUUCAGGAAUCGGUGCUGAAACAGCUAAAAUGUUCGCCCAUUACAAAGCAAAGCUAUGCCUCGUUGGUAGAAAUGAAUCGAGACUACAAAACGUUGCACAACAUUGCGAAUUGAUCAGUGGAAACGUACCAUUAUGUUUAUUACUUGAUUUAAUCCAACCAGGCAGCUGUGAAGAGGUAAUAACAAAGACUAUUGAAAAAUUUAAAAGAAUCGAUGUUUUGGUAAAUUGCGCUGGUAAAUUAGAAUUGGGAACAUUAGAUCAGAGUGAUAUUGAUGUAUUUGACGAAAUGAUAGCUAUUAAUUUGAGAGUGCCGUAUUACUUGACUCAACUGGCUUUACCACAUUUGAUUAAAAGUAAAGGAAAUAUUGUGAAUAUUGGGUCGUCGUAUUUAGAAAGGUACAAACCAGGAUUCCUUCCUUUCAGUGUCUCAAAGAACGCAUUGGAAAAGUUUACAAGACACGCUGCAAUGGAGUUGGUACCCGAAGGUGUGAGAGUCAAUAUUAUUAAUCCAGGAGUGACGCGUACUAAUUUGAUUCGUUAUUUAAACAUUGCCGAGAGUGAUGUUGACUACGUAUAUAACAAUCUCAUAGCUGAGUUAGGUCUGAAGAAAAUAUUAGAGCCCAAAGAGGUUGCAAAACUUGUAUUGUUAGUAGCCAGUAAUUUGAUGCCAAAUAUGGCAGGCUCAAGUUUAAAAAUGGACGGAGCUGUUAUAGUGGGUUGAAAUAAGACUAUGGUUACAGACACAAAACUAGUCAUGGAUGAGGGACAGCGGGGCGACUACGUAUAAAAAUCAUAUAAUGCAACGUCGGACACGAAACGGACGGAAGCGUACCCGUUGACGCUAUCGGCGAUGAAAGAGCGACGUCGGAGAAGGAACAACGGGAACAAAUUAAUUUGAUUUCAGGCAAGCUAUCCGAUACCACUGCUUCAAUGACCCUUCCCGCUGUCUCUCGUCCAGUGCUAGUUUCGUGCACGCUGCAUUAGAAU